AUGGCGACUUAUAUUGCCUCAUUCCUCAUGAAUGCAAGGAAAUGGUUCCAGUACCAUCGCGUGUCUGGCGACAAAAAUCUGAUCCAACUCUCGUCUGCAGCAGAGAGUGGUUCUAAGGAUGUCGCCGCAGAUGAAUCAUUCGACCGCGCGCCGACCACUCGCAUGCUCGCUAUCGCCGGACUAAUUGCGUCCUGGAUUUUUGGCAUUAUCUGUGUGGUGUUUGGAUCUGGGAAAGUACUGAAGCCUACUAUUUCUGUGGCAUCGAAAAACCACGCCACAAACCACGGCGUCAGCUAUCACAAUUGGCCGCAAUUGAACAUUUCUUCCGUCACGGGCGAACUGCUGCCCUUGCUUGUUAACACGAUUGUGACUUUAUUGGUGGAGGGUAUGGGGCUGAUUCACCCGACGACUUUACGAUGGGCACUCUACGAUCGAUUGGCUUUCAGCUCGAAUUUGCGUAUAUUUACGGCAUCAGAUCAACACGAAUGCCUAGGCAAAGUUUCUAACAUCCUCCAUGCGGUCUUCAUCAUCAUGACAUACGCCGGUGCAUCUCUUAUGUUUGCUACACCGCCGGCUGAAAGCUUUUGCAAGAAUGUCUCUGGUUUAGGAGGGACUAAGGACCAAGGAUGUGGUGAUAUAGUGGUCCUUUCCACUCCCAGUCUGUGCUGUCUGGGUGUAGGACUUCUGGGUCAGGCCGCUCUAACAACAUGGCAAUUCUUCGAUAUUUCAGUUCAAACCUGGUCAUCAAAUCCGUUGGACACUGCUUGGGCUAGCAUUUCCACUGGCUCUCGGACCAGAGUUGCCGGUCGCUGUAUGAUGAGUGUUCAUGAUGCAGAGGUUCCCACCGCACCACGACAAGCUCAGUCACAACAGCAAUCUAUUUGGAAGUCUCACAGCGAGGCCCGAUGGGUCAUGUCUUAUAACUGGCUCGUUACGUGGAUCCUUUUAUUGAUUUUCAUCAUUGUGCAAGUGGUACUUAUUGAAAAGGACAAGUAUUUCAAAAACUCGGAAGAAAGGUGCAAUGGGUGUAACGUGUAUCUCGGCACCAACUGGAACCUACUUGGAGAUAGUGGUAGCGACCCAAUGAGUGCUGCUAUUAUUGUGGAAUACAGCCCGAGCCUCUAUGGAGGUCUUUGGAUUGUCUUUGCCAUUUUACAGGGUACUUUGACUCUAGCCCUCCACUGCGCGGACCUCAUCGUCGCCGUCAGCCGGGACGAAGAUACCUGGCGCCAGUGUUAUGCGCAAACUAUUAGGGGAAACCUGCGACCAAACGCGCUGAUUCGUGCCGCGACCAGCUGGCUUGCUGUUAUGCUGUUUCUUUUGAAGGUUGUCCUACAUUGGCUCUUCGGGAAUGCCAUUUCGUAUGCGUACAACUGGGGUGUUUUUCUGCGGCCUCCGCCACUCCUGUAUCUUAGCAUUGGUUCGUUUCUCCUGAGUGCUUUUGUGACUUACGUUUGUUUUCGGCGGCCUGGGGGUGAGCAACCCGCUACAUUUGGACAUAUCCAGACAUUGGUUAACCUGGUUGAUGUAUGGCAUCUUGAGCUGUUUUGGGGAGAUAAAGGGGCAGCAAGAGAUGGGCCCGAGGGAGUCAGACAUGCAGGAACUGCCUCUAGACCCCUAGAGGAAGUAAUACAAGGCCAAUUGUACGAAUAG